GGUUGUUAAGCGAUAGAGAUAAACAUUUAAACCAAACAAAGUUUUAUUAGCUGACCAGGUCUUCAACAUUGACCUGCAAAUUCUUUAUGGAAAAUCCAAGUUUGUCUGAGAAGUAGAAGCUUGAGAAAGAUAAUUCAAAAACUUUGCAACAAAAGUUAUAGCAUCCUAUCAGAGAAUAUCACUUCAAGUGGUAUUAAGCAGUUGAUGCUGCAAAUUUCAAUGUCUUACUGAAGCUGUAAACAAGUUAGUUCCUAUAUUUUUGCAAAACUUGGAGAUUCAUACCAGGAAGGUUAUUGUGCAACAGCAUCGACUGGAUGACGGCAACAAGGUUUCUGUAAGCAUUCUCUUUCCCAGGAACAAUAAGUGGAGUAUUAUUCAAACUUCUUUCCAUCUGCUAAGCGAUGAAACACAAGCAAGAACCAACUCUGGCUAACAGUGUUGCAGACUCCUUGUUGGCAUCCAUCUCCGGGAUCACAGUUUCAGUAGUAUGCAUAGAGAUAGAACAGGAGACUUUUAUUGAAUUUGGGUGCUAUCUCUAUCGAGCUUCUAUAGUUGUAAUGGAAUUAAAGACAACUGAAAAUUCCCCACCAAAUACAAUUGAGAUUUUGCAAUCUCUAUCGAAAAGCAUUGACUUGGCUAAGGAAAUUUUAGAGAGAUGCCAAAAAGGCACCCAACCCAUUUCAAAUUCAGAACUCGGAAGCAUUAUAGUGCAGCUAGAGGAAGUGAUAAAACACAUGGGAGAAAGUCUGAGCUUAAUACCAUCAUCAACAUUUAAGGACCAAGAAUAUGCAGAACUUGCAGUCAAUUCUCUUUCGAAAGAGAUGCAGAAUGUUUGCUUUGCUAGUCAAACAUCUCCGAGAAAAGAUAUAGAUAUGCAGAUGUUGUCUUUGGAUGAGCAAGCAAAGAAAGAACUAACACGAACAGAAACCGAAACCGAAACCGAAAGGGACCUCUACUCCAUUAAUGUAGAGUUUUCCAUGGAUAACCCUUAUCUGUUAGAUGCCCCUUACAUUGUUAAAAGUGCAAGUAGCAGUACCAGGAGCAGCAGGGUAAAACAAGGAAGCAUGAGCAGCUCCAUAAAGGCCUCCCAACAGGUAGCUCAAUUCAUGGAGCCUAUGUAUGAAACUUUCUUCUGUCCAUUGACAAAGAAAAUCAUGGAUGAGCCAGUCACCAUCGAAAGUGGAAUAACCUAUGAGAAGAAAGCAAUCAUUGAUUUGUUUGAGAAGCAUGGAAAUACAGAGGAAGUUUUCUGCCCGGUCACUUCCCAGAAGUUGGUUAGCAGAGUUUUCAACAGCAACAUUGCCCUCAAGUGCACAAUUGAGCAAUGGAAGGAAAGGAAUGAAGUAGCAAGGAUUAAGGUUGCUCGGACAGCUUUGUCAUUAGCUAGUUCAGAGCAAAUGGUACUUGAAGCAAUAAAAGAUGUGCAAACCAUCUGCCAAGGGAAGCCACAGAAUAAGCUACAGGUUCAGGCUGUGGGGAUGUUGCCUCUGAUAAUUAGGACUCUGGAGUAUGAAGACACAAAUGUUAGAUUUGCAGCACUGGAACUUUUACAAAAGUUGGCAGAGGAUGAUGAUGACAGCAAGGAAAUGAUUGCUGAGGAAUUGGAUUUUUCGCUGAUAAUAAAAUUGCUGUCUUGUAGUCACCAGCCUUUAAGGCACUCAUCAUUGCUCUUGUUGCUUGAGCUUUCGAAAUCCCAGUACUUGUGUGACAAAAUAGGUUUGGUUCCUGGAGUGAUUCUAAUGCUGAUUACCAUCAAAUACAAACCAUCAACUGAUGUCUUUGCUUCGGAGAAGGCUAAUGAAACCUUGAAGAACUUAGAGCGAUCACCAACAAAUGUCAAACUCAUGGCAGAAAAUGGAUUUUUAGAACCCCUUUUGUAUAACCUUGUUGUAGGAAAUGAAGAGAUAAAGACAGAAAUGGCAAGCUACCUCGGAGAAACCGUUCUUGAACAUGACAGCAGAACCUAUGUGGCUGAGAAGGUCUCUCCUUCUCUCAUCGGAAUGGUACAUAGUGGAAAUCCUCUCACUAGAAUGGCAGCAUUUAAAGCUUUAUCACAAAUGUCAUCAUACCAGCCUAAUGGAAAAAUACUUAUAGAAGCUGGUAUUGUACAAAUCAUGGCUGAAGAAAUGUUCACUAGGAGAAUCUACGAUGAACUAAUGGACUCGAAAAUUGAAGCAGCUGCAAUACUUGCUAAUAUAUUUGAGUCCGGGCUUGAGCAUGAGAAUCUCCGAGUUAAUUCCCAUGGACACACAAUGGCUUCAGACUAUGUAGUGUACAACAUCAUCUACAUGCUCAGGAACUCAACCCCAGAUGAACUAAACGUUAACCUUAUCAGAAUUCUUUCGUGCCUGACAAAGUAUCCCAAAUCAAUGGCCACAAUAAUCUCAUUGGUUAAAGAGAUUGAAACAAGCUUCACCCUCAUCGAACUCAUCAACAAUCCGCAUGAAGAACUUGCUGUUGCUACAAUCAAGCUAUUAAUUAUGCUUACACCCAAUAUGGGUCAUACACUAGCAGAUAGACUUUGCAAAACGAGAGGGCAACCAGAGAACCUUAUACAGAUCCCAAAUGACGUAACCAGAAUCACCGAGAAGCAGGCAGUUUCAGCCAAGUUCCUUGCAGAACUCCCACACCAAAACCUGACACUAAACUUAGCUCUGCUCUUCAAAAUUGCAGUCCCAACAAUCCUUCAAACUAUCAGCCAAAUUCAAAGAAGUGGAACAAGAUCAAGCAGGUAUGCAACCAGUUAUCUAGAAGGCCUAGUAGGCAUUUUAGUCAGAUUCACGACGACUCUAUACGAUCCUCAAAUACUGUUUCUAGCAAGAACCCAUAAUUUCACGAUGGUAUUCUCUGAACUUCUAAUGAAAUCAUCAAGUGAUGAAGUUCAGAGGUUAUCAGCAAUUGGGUUGGAGAAUCUCUCAUCAGAAUCAAUAAAUCUGUCAAAACCACCACAAGUAAAGAAAGCCAAGUUCAUGAAUCUAGUUAAUCUGCCAAAGUUUCUAUCUUUUAAAUCAUCAAGAAAAACAAAAAUAACAGUUUGCCCAGUUCAUAGAGGUGAUUGCUCUUCAGAAAACACAUUCUGCUUAGUCAAUGCAAAAGCAGUAGACAGAUUAUUGGCUUGUCUAGACCAUGAGAAUGCAGAAGUAGUUGAAGCUGCAUUAUCAGCUCUAUGCACUUUGCUAGAUGACAAAGUGGAUGUAGACAAGAGUGUGAAUAUGUUGAACAGUGUUAAUGCCAUACGACAUGUUCUGAAUGUUGUUAAAGAGCAUAGACAAGAUGGUCUAUGGCAGAAAUCGUUUUGGGUGAUAGAGAAGUUCUUGAAGAAAGGUGGGGGUCAGUCUGCUUCAGAUAUAUCUCAGGAUAGGUUGUUACCUGCUCUAUUGGUCAGCGCUUUUCAUCAUGGAGAUGGUAAUACAAGGCAAACGGCUGAGAAAAUUCUAACACAUUUGAAUAAGAUGCCAAGUUACAACACUUCCGGGUAUACCAUGUGAAAAAAACAAAAAAAAAAAAAAAAGAAAAAAAAAAAGAAAAAAAGUUCAUGUGUAAUGGUCUUUAGUACUGUAAUGCUGUAUUAAGGAAAUGCGAAGUUCAGGAGUAUGAGAGUGUGAUGGAAGAAUUGCUUUUUCUUCAGUCUGUAAAUCAAACAUUGCUGUCACCAGAGCAUGCCGUGGUGUAAACGAUGAAAGGUAAAUUCUGAUGAUUUGAUUGUUUGUUUUGAA